UUCAAAAGAACCAAAACAACCUUCCUUAUGAUCUCCAAACAUACAAAAACAAUAAUAUCACAAAACAAUAAAAAAUUCAGAAUCAUACCAUGUAAACAAAUGUGAACACAUUACCAAAAAAACAACAAAUCGCCCACAAGUCGCCAAAAAAGUUAGUUCGAUCUCAUCAUUACACUUUCACACUUCCCCAUAUCACAUACAUGAUAAAUCAUCCCACACCCACGUUCCCAAACUCACAAAUGGAGUCCCUGAGAAGCGCCCUACCGUUGCUCCUUCUGUUUCUUUUACCGGCCGCCGUCCACGGCUGGGGCGUCGACGGCCAUUACACAACUUGCAAGAUAGCUCAGGGCAGAUUGAGUCCAGCAGCAUCAAACGCAGUCAAAGAUCUGUUACCAAAAUACGCAGAGGGUGAUUUAGCGAGUCAAUGUUCAUGGGCCGAUCAUGUCAAGUUCCGAUAUCAUUGGUCGUCGGCGCUUCAUUACAUCGAUACCCCUGAUAAUCUCUGCACUUAUCAGUAUACCAGGGACUGUAAGGAUGAAGAUGGAGUUGCCGGAAGAUGUGUCGCCGGAGCAAUUAAUAACUACACCACACAGCUACUCGACUAUGGCAAACAAACAACUCAGUAUAAUCUUACAGAGGCAUUGCUUUUUCUUUCUCAUUUCAUGGGAGACAUUCAUCAGCCGCUACAUGUAGGAUUCACUUCGGAUAGAGGUGGGAACUCGAUUAAUGUUCAUUGGUUCACAAGAAAAUCAGAACUUCAUCAUGUUUGGGAUGACAGCAUAAUUGAGACUGCAGAAGAAAGAUUCUAUGAUUCUAAUGUUGAAAAUCUUGUCAACGCAAUUCAGACUAACAUAACGAAAGAAUGGGCAGAUCAAGUUCCAGCAUGGGAGAAAUGCGCCAGAAAUCAGAAUACUUGUCCUAACAUAUACGCAAGUGAAGGAAUAAAAGCAGCAUGUAGUUGGGCAUACAAAGGAGUUGGGAAUGAUUCGGUUCUUGGAGAAGAUUACUUUUUGUCUCGUUUACCAAUUGUUAAUUGGCGAUUAGCUCAAGGUGGUGUUAGAUUGGCAGCAACUCUUAACAAAAUAUUUGGAUGAGAUAUUAUUCUUCUUAUAAUGUUAACAUUUUAAGAUAUAAUAUUGAGAUGAAAUAUUGUUCUAGUGUUAACAUUUUUUCAGAUAUAUCAUGCGUUAUCAUUUUAAUUCCAAAACAUGAACUUCUUUAUUGUUUUAUA